CGGCAGCGGUCCUCCUGGCUUUGUUGCGCCAGGGAAGCCAUUUUGGAGUUCUGCUAGUUGUGCACUAGCGUAACAUUCACCGGCCACUUGCAAACUUUUGAGUCUUUGUGCUGGUAAAACCAAACUGGAGGAUCAGUGGGUCCGCGGCACUGAAUGACCGCUGGGUUUCCGUGCGUCGGGAUGCUGGCGGACGUUUGCGGUGCGUCUCCGCAGACAGUAACGUGUGGAUCUUGUUCCCGUGGAUUACGCUCCUGAAGAAUAACAACAUACAUGGACUCUAACCACGCGGUCUAAACAAAGAAGAAUGACCAUGGAUUUUUCGCAGCUGCACACAUAUACGCCACCACAGUGUGCUCCAGAGAACACCGGCUACACCUACUCUCUCAGCUCCAGCUACUCCACAGCAGCGUUAGAGUUUGAGAAGGAGCACCAGAUUGCUCCUGUGUACGAGUCGCCCAGGAUGUCACGGCGGAGCCUGCGUCUGCAGACCAGUGCCGGUCACUAUGGCAACGAGAGCCUGGCCGAUCAUCAUCCGCAGAACCACAGCAACAGCACCAGCAGCUACACCAGCACCAGGAGAGAAACACGGACACUGCGUAGCAAAAAGCAGCUGACCAGCUCCAACUUACUGUCUCUAUCUCUGAGCCAAGCAGCCACACCGAGGAAAGCCCUCUCCUUCUCAGCUGUUAGUACCCCGAUCAACAGCGGCAGCAUUCAGGAAAGAAACACGGUGUCCGACGCCUCCCUGCACAGCUCCAUCCAGGACCAGUCCCUAAUGAGACGACGCACCAUCACCACGACCACCACCUCCAUGUCUGUGGGUGGUCACUGGGGGAAGAGCUCCAGCACCGACCACUGCUCAUCAAACGUAAACGGCGACGCCAGCAUUUCAGAGUCGCACGCCUCGCUCGCUAAUGGCUACAUCUGCAAAGACUGCUCUUUACACUCUCAGGAGAUGGACUCACUUAUCACGCGGUCGUCGCCGUCGUCGUCAUCUCAGUCUGCAGAAGAUUUCACUGACAACCCCUCCUCCUCGUCUUUAACCUUCACAAGUAUAUACUCCAGAGACAGGAGUCGGAGGAACAAGACAGGUGUCCUGAUGUCUGUGUCUAACACGUGUAUACGCUACAGCAAACGAGUCCUGGCCCCCAUCGUGUCCGUAGUCACCCUACUCUUCAACAAUGUGCUCUGGCUGGGCUCGAAGGCCAGGAGCCCUCCAGGAAAAGGUGUGCUUGCUUCGUUGUCGGCCUCAAUGAGACGAGCAGUGUCCUCCAGUGUGACCCAGCUGUGGCUGUUUAAGCAGAACACUCUCCACAGGAUGAUGGGCUACAGAGCUAAUGGCUAUGAAGGACAAGCUCACACAAGUUUCUGUGGAAGCAUGAAUGUCAAGGAUCUGGUGACUGAAGAUGCUUCACAUCUUAAUCUCAAUGGUUCCCUGUGUGAUGACUGUAAAGGGAAGCAGUAUACUGAGACACACACCAUCCUCCUCAAACAGUCCUCCAGGCCUCGACGCCUUGUGGGGGCGCUGUGGAGCGUCUUAGCUUAUGCAGGUUACUGCCUCCUCCAGCCGGGAUACUGUGUGGUGAGAGCGGGCAAAGCUUUGGGUUCAGGGGUCGGGACAGCGGCUCAAAAGUUGCUCUCACUGUUUUGGAUGCUCCUGGCAGCUCCAGAGAAGACAGGCCGGGGACUCGUGUGGUUUCUUGCAACAGGAUGGUACCAGCUGGUGUCUAUCAUGUGUCUGCUCAACGUCUUCUUUCUGACACGAUGCCUUCCCAAACUUUGGAAGCUCCUGCUGCUCCUCCUGCCUUUUUUGCUCUUCCUUGCGUUAUGGUGGUGGGGUCCGUCCACUUCUGCCCUACUUGCCUACCUCCCUGCUAUAAACCUCACCGAGUGGCGACGUGCGUCUCCCUUGACUCUCCUGUCUAACUUGGUGCCAGUUUCUGCUCCAGCUCCCGCCCUUGUUCCCACACCAGAGACCCUGCUGCAGCAGACCCCAGCCUCCCCAGUCUCACAGGCAACACCCAUCCUUCCACCCGCGGCAGUCUCCUCUGUGGACCUGGAACGUCUUGAACGUGUGGAACGCCAGCUUGCUCUUCUGUGGUCACAAGUCCAGGAGGGGGACCAGAAGCAGGAACAGCGUCAUGGGGAUGUUCUGGGUCUCUAUAGCACGCUGAGGGAGCACGUACACACUCAGACCAACAGGGAGAGCCUGGGACUGUGGGUGUCCUCCCUGCUGGAGCAGAGGCUGGGCAUCCUGCGUGGAGAGCUGGAGCAGGAGAACACACACAGGGCGCAGAGUGAAGAGCAGCAGAAACAACAGCAAGAGAGUCGGGCAGCGCGACUGGCUGAUUUGGAAUUGCUGCUCCAAGCUCUGGCUGCACAGACUGAGGAGGUGCAGCAGAAGCAGCAGCAGUUUGAGCACGAGAGGGAGGAAAAGGAGAAAGAGGUUGUCAUUGCUGCAGCAGACACAGCACCUAUCAGCGUGGGAAUAAAACAGGAGGACCAUGAUGCUCUGCUCGUGGAGGUGCAGAGACUUGAGUUGGAGUUGAGUAAAAUAAGAGAGGACCUGCAGGGUGUUGUGGGAUGCAAGGGCAGAUGUGAGCAGCUAGACAACCUGCAGGAGACGAUCACAGCCCAGGUGUCCUCUCAGGUGCGUAAGGAGUUGCAGCUUCUGUUCUUUGGCAGUGGUGGGUCAGGAGAGGAGCAGGGAGAGGUGCCAGAGUCUCUGAUCUACUGGCUGUCCCAGCGCUACGUGAGCACACCGGACCUGCAGGCCUCACUGGCCACACUAGAACUGAACAUCCUGAGAAACGUGUCGCUGCAGCUGGAGCUUAACCGAGCCGAGACCCUGGGCGAGGCAGAGUCUCAAGCCAAGACCAUCGUCAAGACGGUAACUGGGAGUGUCCACCAUGCUGUCUCUGCUGAGGGACUGAAAGAAGAGCAAGUGAAGCUGAUUGUCCAGAAUGCUUUGAGGCUCUACUCCUAUGAUCGAACAGGCCUGGUGGACUACGCCCUGGAGUCUGGCGGUGGCAGUAUCCUCAGCACCCGCUGCUCUGAGACAUAUGAGACCAAGACGGCCCUCAUGAGUCUGUUUGGACUGCCACUCUGGUACUUCUCCCAGUCUCCGCGUGUUGUCAUCCAGCCUGAUGUGUACCCAGGUAACUGCUGGGCAUUUAAAGGCUCUCAGGGCUAUCUGGUGAUCCGACUGUCCCUGAGGAUCCUGCCCAAGUCCUUCUGCCUGGAACACAUCCCCAAAGCCUUGUCUCCAACUGGAAAUAUCACCAGCGCCCCUCGCAACUUCACUGUUUACGGUCUAGAUGAUGAGCAUCAGGAGGAAGGGAAGCUGCUGGGACUCUACACAUACCAGGAGGAUGGGGAAUCACUGCAAACUUUCCCCAUCAUGGAGCAGAACGACAAAGCCUUCCAGAUCAUCGAGGUGCGUGUGCUGUCUAACUGGGGUCACCCAGACUACACCUGCCUGUACCGCUUCAGAGUCCAUGGAGAACCUCGGCCUCAGUGAACCAACCACUACCGUACACACUCAUCAUAUAUGACUUAUCACCCGAUCUGUACAUAGCUUUUGCCAACUUCUUAAAUAUGGAGGGGACUUGGUGGUACUUUAUGGCUGUUUUUGUAUGAAAGCCAUGAAAACACAAAGGUGGUGGGUUGACAGAGGAAUGUGCCCAGACAGAAUCACGAACAUGUUUUUUGAUACGGAAAGAAUCACAGGAAAGUUUAUGUGUGGAUUGUAAAUGUUGCAGAAGAGGAAUAGAACCUUGGAAGAAGCUGAAAGUUCCAGUCCCCUUUUUGUAAAAGGCUUGUUGCACUGAAUUAGCCUGCGAGGGCGCCAAGCUCCACUGAGCAGACAAAUCCAUCCCCCGCUUGGCACCUUCCACUUCUACAGGAGGGUGGAUGCCUAAAAUGGGGGAGUAGACUCAUCUCCGCUCUUUCUUCAUACACUGCAUCUCUGUCUGGUUUGGUUUCUGUUGUUGAUUAUCUGGAUUUAACUUUAUUGUCCUGGUAGAGUCAGGAUGCACCUUUUUCUGUGGCGCUGUCCAGGCACGUUACUCCCGUUACGUCUCAGCUGCAACUUUAACUGAGCGGUGUGGACGGCCUGCUGGACUGCACCACACUCACUGUGGGUUUAUACUGGAUAUACUAGGUUCACAACAUUCAAGUUUGGCGUCACAUCCACAUAAUUAAGAUUUUCUCUUCCUUUUUUUGGAACUGAACAUGCUGCCUAUGGAAAAGCUCUGAAUGUUUUGUGGAGACUUGAUGCAAGUCGUCCUUUAACUAUACAGCAACACUAUAUUUGACCUCUGACCUGCGCUCUGUGUCGGGAAUAUUAAGAGGCUCUACACUAUGUACAUUUGUCAGAAUAUGUGAAUGGUAAUGGUUGGACUCCAGGAUUGAUGCUAGCAUGUGACUCUUUCAGAACCAUACUGUUAAACUUUUACAUGCAUCAUGGAUUUACAUUAUAGAGUGUGUCCUCUCCCAAAGUUUGAGUCUUGUGCCUGGACCU